AUGUCCAAAGAAGUUUUAAAUCUUUUGUUUUCGCAACCCGCUCAUGAUGAUAUACAUAUUCAGGUUGACAACGUGGAUCCUCAACAACCCAUUUAUUGCAUAAGUUUAAGGCGUUCAAAUUUAAGUUUAAACGAUAACUUGACGAAACUUAGAAGAAGGCUUGAGAUGGAUGACAAUAUAAGAAUGACAGAUGGGAUGUUCUUUAAGAAAGAAAUGGCAGUCAUUAACAUUUUGGAAGAAAGCUCAAGAAGUUUAAAUGAUAUCAUUGAUAAAUCCUAUAGGAUUCAUAUUAUCAAGAGCUUAAUUCCAAAUUGGAGGGAUUUGGCUACAAAAUCCAAACUAGGAUAUGGACGCACUUUGACUUUCAAUGAAAUAAAUGUAGCAGAAGAAAAGGCUUUUAACAUCAAAGACUGCGAGUUUGUACUACAUGAGCCUAGCAUUGUGGAGGGUGAAGAUAUAAUUAAUUCUUCUAUCAAAGAAGUUAUUCAGUUUAAUAAUUUAAUGCUUAAGGCCGAAAAAAGUAUCUCUCCUUUUCUUAUGGCAGGAUUUUCUGUAGACAUUUUGAGACAUCAGGGCAAUCGAGUAGAAACUUCUGACAACAUUAAAUAUGUAAAAUACAAUCAAGCAACAUUGACUCUGAAACUAGAACAUAUUGAACCUACAGAUGAGUUUUAUGAUGCAGUAAGGGAAGCUAUUGAUUCACGAAAUAUCAUAAAGUUAAAGGAAGUUACUGAAAGGUUUGGUCAAUUUAUUCCCAAAUGCAUCGAAUUUGGUGGUAGACUUAGCAUAGUUGAAAAAUCACGAAUAUCUCAGGGGCAAAACACCAGGAGGACAACUAUGGAAGGCCAAGAUAUGGUAAAAUUCCAGCAAGAUAUAGUCAGAACUAAUAAAGAGGAAACGCAUAGAAAGUUUAUUGAUCCGAUCGGCGGAAGCAACUUAUUAUAUGAUAGUGAUGAAUCAAUCUCUGCGUGGAUAAAAUCCUUAGACGAUUUUGAGCUUUGGAAGGAAAUUGAAUUUUUAAAACCCAUGAGUAUAUUUCGAAUACUUGACGAAAAAACACAAAAGGAAAUUAAGGAAAUAAUAGGAAAAGGAAUUAUUUAUAUCGAUCAGGAUAAAUUUGAGUAUGAAUUUAGAAAUGUUCACCGUAAUUUUGAAAGAGAGUUAAAAAUUCCAAGAGAGAUUCAAUUAGGCGAAUCCUCAGAUAAUCAAAUUUUCGUAUCCGUUUGUAAUAUGGAAGAUAACGAUGAUGCCUUUACUUGCAGUGUAUUUUGUCCAUCACCCCAUAACCAACCAAAAAUAGUAAUCAGCUGCAAUUCCAGCAGGCGUCGCAAAUGUCAUUGCAAGGUCGGCUGCAUAAUAGUUGGAUAUCCCAACUUUGAUUCGAUCUUUUCUGAUUUUGACAUCCGAGUUCACAGCUCACGGGAUAUUUUUGAUACUGGGAAUUUACUCAAAAAAUGUCAAAUCAUAUCAGAUCCACAUAAUCAAAAUACACACAAAUCUUCGCUUAAUGGUUUUAACUGUUUCAUUGGAGUACCUGUAACGAACCAAUAUCAUACAGAUUUGGUGGUUGGUCAUUAUUUUUGUCGAUGCAGAGAUGGACAAAAUUUGGAAGCACAUAUUUGUGGAUAUGACUUGAGAGAAAAAAAGUAUCGUACGUUAGAUGAUAAUUUUACUCUUAAUGUUCUUUCCAUUCAAGACUAUCCGAAUUUAGAAAAUUUUCGACCAUGCCCAGAAGAGAAUAAAAGUUUAAUGGAUAUUCUUAGAGAAAUUUUGUACUCGGACAUUCACGUAGAAUGUGUUCCAAGAAUAGUUUUUCAAAAACUAAAUGAGCCCUUUAUAAAAAGAUUGAAAUGUAAAUGUGGAAGAAUCAAAGAAUGCUUGUGUCAAAUCUAUUCUCAAAAUUGUGACGAAUUUUCCACAGUGUGUUUCAAUCCCACGAAAAAUUCUUAA